AAAUGAAUUGACGUUCAGUUUGUAUUGAGUUCUCGAACGAUUAAGGAGUAUUACGCUUAGAUUAGGCGAACUAAGUGAAUAAAUCUAAAAAUUGAAGCAUCAAAAAGGAAAACGGUUAAAAAUUAAACAAAGCAGUAUAAGCCAAAUUUGGGGCCACUAAAGGGAGGAAUCUCGAGAAACUUUCUCCUUUUAAAAAGCUGUUUGAGGAAGGUGAAAUAAUGCCACACUCAAUACAAUCGCUGCUUUGCCUCUGCUUGCUGUUCCAACUAUUCACAGUCUGUCUGAUCAGCGCCAGCGCGGAUGUGAACAGUGAAAUCGCCACGGAGGACGACAGUUCACUCAACUUGGAUCAGAAGGACAACUAUUGUCUACGAAAUGUCACCUACUACGAGGAGAUGGCUGUGAACAAAACCCGCCAAGUGGAGAUCAAACCCACUGGGUUCUUCAAAGUGUUUAAGAAAAGCAAGCAACAAGUGGAGCAGUACGUCGACGUGGAGAAGGUGGCACGCAUACGCCUCCAGAAUGAUUGCUGUGACGGCUAUGCCUUGGCUGCUAAUAAGACUUGCCAACCUGUCUGCGAACCCGGCUGCCCAGCCAACGCCUUCUGUCGCUCGCCGCAAAUGUGUCAGUGUCGCCGCGGCUACGAUGCCAUCAAAUCGGCGCACAAUGGCACCCAUUACUGCGAGCCACGUUGCGCGUCUGGCUGUCCCUUUGGUGGCCGUUGUGUAGCGCCCGAUGUAUGCGAAUGUGCGCCCGGUUACCAAGCUCAUGCCACCAGUUGUGUACCCACCUGUGCCUCGGACUGCUUAAAUGGUCGCUGUGUGGCGCUAAAUCAGUGCAGCUGUAAUUUGGGCUAUGCCAAGGAUUUGGCAAGCGGCGAGUGUGUGCCGCUGGCAGAUUGUAAGGCGUUGGAGUGUGAAGAUCUGGCAAGCAGCAGCAGCGAGGGCAUCGAAACGACAACUCACGAAACUCUUGAAAGCACCGCGGCAUUUGAACUACAAUCAACCGAAUUGAAUUUGGAGACGCGCUCCGACGACGGCGAUGUUGAUGAAGGUAAUCUGCUUUUUCCCAGCAACGAGGAGGAGACGAAUUGUACACUUCAGCCCUGCAUCGAUAAUACUGUCUGCAAGCUGGUUGGUCGUUGCGCAUGCGCCGACGGCUUCAUACGCCAUCAGCCGGCGCCAGUGAAUGGUUUGGAAGUGGGGCCGAUUUGCGCGGCGAUUGUUGAACAGGGCGAGCCAUGGCAGGACGGAAACGCUGGUAGUAGCUGGGUGGGUGCAUUCUUUAUUGUUGUGGGCGUGACAGUAAUGAUGGGCGCCUUGGUGGUGCUGCUGCUCAAGCUGUGGCGGCAUCAGCGCGGCUCACUGGACGUGGAAGGCAAAAGCGAUAUGUGCUGUAAAUAUGACAAAAACAGCUCCAGCUCGGAUAGCGGCCAUGUAGAUAUGAGUUAAGUGUUGAUUGUGUUUUCAUGAUUAAGUAGCGUUUGUAUGUUUAGACUGUAUUUUGAUAUACUUUAAGCUUUAACUAAUAAUGUCCCUGCCAUUGAUUCAUUUAUUGUAAAAAUGUAUAUUUACUUUUUAUGAAUAAAUUUAAUGCAAAUAAGAAUUUU